CUUCUUCAUCCAUCACGGAAAUCGAAUCUAUUCUCCAUCACACGGGCUGUUUGUUUGCCAUCAUAUCCAACUCCCAGCGAGUCAGUCAUUCUUUAAUACACAAAUCACACAUUCGUUCCAGCGACAAUAGGCUAGCCUCCGUCGGUCCACUCGUUAAGCAUUCAUUCAAAGGUCUUCACGGCAAUCCAUCAUCUACCUAAAGUUCGUUCAGCUAUCCAGAAUGCAGUCCAAGUUCACUGUCCUCCUUGCCCUGGCCACGACUGGUCUGGCCCAGACCGUCGUUCAGCUUGCCAAGUCUGUCAUCGACAGCAGCGAUGUGCCUGAAACCUGCCUGCUGCCCUGCCAUAACGCCAUCGUGCUUUCGUCUUCGUGCAGUACAAACACCAACAGCACUAGCGGCUACAACGACUGUAUUUGCAACGACACCCUGGCUCACGUGGAACUGCUUCAGUGCAACUCGUGCAUCUCGUCCGCGAACGAGACAGAUAUUGACUUGGAGACCCAGAUGGUUACCUGCGGGUUCAUUGCCUCGACCACGCAGUCUUCGACUAACAGUACAGGCUCGGACUCGGAUGACUCCGACAGCGCUGCCUCUUAUGCUUCUAUUUCUCACGGCAGCAUGAUCGCCGCACUCUUCGUUGGGUUUGCUGUGCUCUUGUAG